AUGAAUGAUGAGCAUAUUGAAAUAGAAGAUUGUGCUGUCGUGGAGAAUGAUACGAAUGUUCGUAGUUCAUUGGGUCGAAAAACGGUGUUAAAGCGGCAAACAACAUUAGAUGCCUUUCUGCCAAAUGGAUCAAAUCGGAAGUUAUUUGUCAGUGAUAAACUGAUUCAUAGGAAGGCCAAGAGUAAUCGGAUGUCAAUGACGAUUACUCAUUCAGUUGUUUCAAAAAGUAAAUUGAAGUCGAGGAAAUCUUUUGGAUCUGUUGUUGAAGAAGUGGAUCAUGAUGGAGGACGAAAUCGUUAUGAUUGGGUAAGAAUGAGUGACGUCAUGGAAAAAGCAAAAAUGAAAGCUGAAAAUGCGACUCUAGAUAAAUAUGUUAAAGUUGGCACACAUUUUACGCAUUGCUCUUUAAAUAAAAAAUCGGUUAUCGAGUCGAUACGCUGUUAUAAGGAUAUGUAUCCUGACUUGAACAACAGAGAUGUUUCCGAUGUGGUAUUAGUAUGCAUAAAUUCUAUAUCUUCUGAAACCUUGUUUAAACCAUGCCCCGUCCUCUGCGCUGAUCCAACAUAUGGAUGGAAUUCAGGGAAAAAAUAUGUUCGUUUACCAUAUUCUAUAUGUAAUGUGACUGAUGGAGUUGCACGAUAUGAAAUUAUACAGAUUGCAAUUUCGAAACUUUUGAAGCCGCUCAAGACCUAUAAGCAAAUUGAGGAAUGUAUUAGAAGCUAUUCACGUACCAAAAGAUUCGAUGCUCUCGGAUUACUUUUCGAAAAAAUUUUGGAUGAAAAGUUGCGUUUAGAAUAUCUUACCACCGUAAUACCUUUCAUGGCAAAACUGGCUCUAGAGAGUCCAAGUUUGAUAACUCAGCCAAUACCAAUAUUGCGACGUGGAAUUUCCGGAUCAGUAACGAUAAGUCAACACCAAGCAGCUUCACUGCUUGCACAUGCAUUCUUUUGCACUUUUCCAAGUCGUAAUACUGUCAGUAAUGAUUUGCCGUCAGUAAAUUUUUACCGUUUGUUCAGUUUGUAUUCUACAAAUGCAGUGGAAAAACUACGAUGCUUAAUGCAUUAUUUCCAUAUGAUUUCCAAAAAAAUGCCAACAGGACUGUUGACGAUCCGCCGACAAAAUGACGUAGCGCAGAAGUGGUCUUCUAUGAAUUUGCCAUUAUCGAAGCUUUAUGUUAGUCAUACAGGUACAAUAGAAGAUGAUGGUCAUGGCAUGUUACAAGUGGAUUUUGCCAAUGAAUAUAUUGGAGGAGGGGUACUAGGCAGUGGCUGUGUUCAGGAGGAAAUUAGAUUUCUUACCUGCCCGGAAAUGAUAGUGUCUAUGAUUCUCUGCGAAAGAAUGCAUCAUAACGAAGCUAUAGUUAUUUGUGGUGCGGAACGGUUUUCUGAUUACAACGGCUACGGUUCAUCUUUUCGUUGGCGUCCGAUGGAGAAAAUGGAUUCAUUUCCGAGGGAUCGCUUCAAUAGACUUUGUUGUGAAUUGGUAGCAAUUGAUGCUCUUCCAUUUUAUAACAAACAUGAACAGUUUAAUAUCGAUUUAGUAAAUCGCGAAUUGCUCAAGGCUUAUGUUGGCUUUGCUGUAAAUGAUGGGACAAUGAAGCCGGUUGCUACUGGAAAUUGGGGUUGUGGUGUUUUUGGAGGUGACUUGCAUUUAAAAAGUUUAAUACAACUUAUGGCAUCAUCCGCACAGAAAAGAUGUCUUUGUUACUUCACAUUUGGAGAUCUAAAGUUUGCAGAGAACUUUACUGAAAUUUACGAGAUGCUGGUGCAAGCCGAUAUAACAGUUAGACAGCUGUAUGACAUAGUACAUGGUUACUGCUGUGAAUAUGACAAGAAUAAUUCUCCACCCCUGUUCGAAUAUAUCUCAUGGAAAAUUAGGGGAAAUACAGCGUACUCAUAA